AUGGAAACUCCGGAGAAAAGUCAAACAGCCGAAAAGCCAGAGACAUCGAAGCCUAUUCUACUUGACGAUUUUCUCAAGUAUGCUAAUAAGUUUUACUUAUCCAUUGGAAUGCUGGCCUACGACCAUAAGGAAAACAGCAAGAGAAAGGAGCAGCUACUCCACUGGCUCUUCAUUGCACAAAUGCUUAACCUGAACGUGGUGCUCGUCUCAGAGCUUAUUUACGUAUUUCUGGCGAUCGGCAAGGGCAGUAACUUCUUGGAGGCGACCAUGAACAUGUCCUUUAUCGGUUUUGUGGUUGUUGGUGAUCUCAAGAUCUGGCACAUUUGGCGACAAAGAGCCAAAACCACUCACGUGGUAUGCGAAAUGGAGAAACUGCACCCUAGGCGAGCAGACCAACAGGAAGGAUAUGCAAUCAAGGAUUAUUUGAGUAGCUACAGCAGAUACAGCAUCUUCUACUUUAGCAUGCAUAUGGUUCUGAUCUGGACGUAUAACCUUUACUGGGCCGUCUAUUGGCUUGUUUGCGACUUUUGGCUGGGUAUACGAAGCUUCGAGCGGAUGCUACCCUAUUACAGCUGGGUGCCUUGGGACUGGAGCACCGGAAACACCUACUACUUCAUGUAUGUGGCCCAGAAUAUUGGCGGGCAGGCGUGCCUUUCCGGGCAACUGGCCGCUGAUAUGCUUAUGUGUGCCUUGGUAACUAUUCUGGUGAUGCACUUCAUUCGCUUGGGGCAUAAAAUUGAAGCCCAUGUAGCGGGAGCAGCGUCGCCACAGCAGGAUUUACAAUUUCUCCAGGCUGCAGUGGCCUACCAUCAGCGAUUGCUAAAUCUCUGCCAGGACAUUAAUGAGAUAUUCGGUGUAUCGCUGCUAUGCAACUUUGUGUCCUCAUCGUUCAUUAUUUGCUUUGUGGGUUUCCAGAUGACCAUAGGCGGCAAAAUCGACAACCUGGUCAUGCUGGUCCUAUUCCUCUUUUGCGCCAUGGUUCAGGUCUUUAUGAUUACCACUUAUGCCCAGCGGUUGCUAGAUGCGAGCGGCAACAUAGGUCAGGCAGUGUACAACCAAGACUGGUUUAAUGCAGACAUACGCUAUCGGAAGAUGUUAGUCCUGGUCAUCAAGAGAUCCCAGCAGCCCAGUCGACUGAAAGCCACCAUAUUCCUAAAUGUGUCACUGGUCACCGUAUCCGAUCUUCUGCAGCUGUCCUACAAGUUUUUCGCCCUCCUGCGCACAAUGUACGUGAAGUAGAUGCCUUCUGUGAUUAUGGCCACAAUCAAACGACCCACAACAUGUGCCAGUGACAAUGUGAGCACGAAAGUAGCAAAUCAUCGCCGACCAAUAACUCACACCAAUUGCCGCAGAGGGCGAGCUGUGGCUUUUAAUUAAACUAGCUGGAGUAGUUCAAAUAACUACCGCGAUUCGCACGUCACGCCAAACAGCGAGCUGGAAUCGAAUGGUGGUCGACUAACCGCAGUAGAAAUGAUUAAUUACCGCCAUUUCUGUUGCACAAAGGGCACGUGAACUGCAAGACAAAGAAUUGGCGCUGCUAAAAUUAGCACCACCUUUCGCUUCUGGUUUUGACCAAUUCAGCUGACCAAUUUAAUUAAAGAUUCCUCAAACCAA